CUUCGCGCCGACAUACCCGGGGAAGACGAGCCCGAGCUCAGGGCUCUUGUCGUGGCCUCACAGCUGGACUGGACAUCAAGCGGAUGGAGACAGCGCGAAGAGAAAACCGUCGUCCAAGACCCGGGGCAGAUGCUACUGCUGAGACACCCGAUUAGUGCCUUCGAGCGACACUGCCGGGCGUACAUCGUGGAUGUAUUGGCUGCGCUUCGCUGCCACACGGAUGUUCAAGCAUCAGACGGAAGGGGCAUGGUGCUGAAGUACUGCGCGAGUAUCCUGGCUUGCAUUAGGCCUUCUUCCAGUGAUCCACGACAUCACGUAGUCUUCUCAGAUGCCUGUGAUCUGAGUCCGAGGUUACCUACCCAAGAGCUCUUGAACGACCAGGCCAGCGACUUUUCAUUAGCUCGUCGUAUCUUGGCAGAGUAUCACCCUCUGCAGCCCGAAAUGGUCCUGCAGCUGGCUGCUCAGCGACAUCCGCAAUUCCUCUGCCCCAGCGUUAUUCGCAAAUUCGUGGUCCCGAUUCCCUGGGCGGCAGAGAUGCCGCUGAUAGUUCGUGGAUAUAUGUCUUGUCCAUGGCGAAGAGAAGAGAUGAACCUUCUGGAAUAUCUUCGGAAAUCUGGAUCAGAUGGGCAAAUCUCUUGCAGAUACCGGACGACACAUAAGAAUUCCCGCAUCGAAAUGCCUCUUUCGGAAUGGAUUAACGUGGUUCCCGUGGACGCGAGCAUUCUCGCAGCUACCAUUCUCUACAGUCGUUCUAAUGAUCAGUACUUCGGGCAAUGGCUUCUAUUGCACGUGCCAUUUCGAUGUCUAGAUGAUCUAUGGAAGCCAGAAGCAGCACUACUCCCAGAUAGCCUUCGAUUCUUGGGACUAUGCCUUUUACAUCGUCCUAGGUUCUGGCGCAACCCCGAUCAUGUGGCAUACGAACUGCAGCAGGAAGCCAAGCCAGAUCUGCACAUCAGCAACGUACUGUCAGAGCUGGCAGCGCGAACGGAGCUGGUCGACGACUAUUUAUCAGGCAAUCUCGUGAAGGCCACCACCCCAGACCCGCCUGUAUAUGGGACAACGCAGUUGCCUGACGGACCUGUCAAACUGACGGUGGAACAACUGCGUGUCGUCCGUUUUUUGCGUGGCCGAGUCGAGGUGGCGUUGAACGCCAAAUGGCCCGAAGACAACUCAGUAGACGCCUGGGACGUAUGGCUGGACGACGCCAGCAUCCGGCACAACCUCGUCUCGUGCAUCCUCGGGCCCGCCGGGAGCGGAAAAACCACCGCCGUGGACAUCGUGUUGGCGGAGGCAGCCGCACGAGGAGCACACAUAGGCGUCGCAUGUCCCACCGGCAUGCUUGCGACGGGGUACAGAGCCCGACAUCCAGGCCUAGACAUAGACACAGUUCACGGCAUGUUCGGGCUACAUCUGGAUGAACUUGCCACAGCAGAGAUGAUGCGUCCAUACGAUCUGGUCGUGAUAGACGAAGUGGGACAACUACCUACAUGGAUUUUCGAGCGGCUUAUGCGAUUAUGGGACGCCACGGAUAGGCGAACGGCACUCGUCUUCGUCGGAGACUUUUGCCAGCUGACUGGGCCAGAUGGAACCACUGCGAGACAGAGUUUCAGGUGGGCUGAGGUGCGCCUAUCGACACUCACUGAAAUGCGUCGCUGCAAAUGCGCACAGCUGCGUUGGAAGUUGCAACUUCUACGGAGUGCAAUUCCCUCCGGCCGACAAUUGCGUAAACUGCUGCGCGGACACCGCGCGGGCAUGAGAGUCCGGCCCGGUUCAGGAUGGCCGACUGCCAUGGACAUUGCAGUCAUCCUACAGGAGACCCCGGAUACGACCUUCGUAACCAUAUCUCGUCGUGCUUCGGCUUAUCUGAACAGGCUUGCGAUUCGGGCUCUAUUUGCGGAUGCCGAGCCCCUAGGCCGAAUCCCAUGCGAACCAACCGACAAUGCGGAGAACUUCGAUGGACCCCAUCAGACGAGUGCGGAGCCAUGUAUGAUGCCUCUAUACGAAGGCAUGAGGGUUCGAAUUACAAGGAAUGCAAACAAACGACAUGGUUUUGUCAACGGCAUGGGCGCAGUGGUACAAAGGCUCCGCCAGAGCGGCGUGCAGGUAAAGACUGACGAAGGCGAGAUCCUGCUCAUCCACCCUAUUACCACCGAGACCGCCCUCGCAGACGGAAGCAUUCGCAGGGCAACAGUGUUCGCUCUUCGACCCGGAUACAGUACGACCCUUCACAAGAUACAGGGGGCGACAUUGUCCCACGUCUCUUGUGCUGCGGAGCGGGCAAAGCCCCCGCAUGCCUCGACAUUGACCCGGUCCGAGCAAAAUGGACGAGCGCAGCUCAUCAUGCAUACUGUAUGUGCGAAUGCCAUGCAGUCGCCUGACGAAGAGGUCGCUGCGGUCGGCCACAUGGCCGACCGGCAAGUCAUCGCAAAGAAACUCGACAGCUGA